GUUGUGCUUGCGUCAUCAUUGUGCGUGCUAACCAGCAACAGUUUGAAUUUAUCGAAGUUAAGUCUUAUACAAAGCUCUGUCAUGUGUGAAGGUCCCUCUAUGAUCUCUGGACCGAUUCCUCCAGACCCCACACUUUUCCCCCAGUACUACAAGCGACCUUCCUCAGCGCGUGGUCGCCUGGAAGGGAACUCGAUACCUGGCACUUCGGCCCUGCUGUCAGGCCCACUGGCCCCAGACCACACACUGUACCCAGGUUCCUACAGUGCCCGAACCACACGGCCACCACCCCGCAUCAACCCCAACGCCACGCACAUCCUGGAGCGGGGGCAAAGAGGGGUUGUUGGGUCCCUCCUCACACUGGAGGGUGUCACCCUGACUUCACAGCCGAAACACAAGUCGGCAGCGCGCGACUUUGGCAAGGAGAAUGUGCGGCGGCUCCGAGAGAUCCAGAAGAAGUGUCGCGAGCAGGAGGCGCAGAAGGAGCACUCGCGUCCCGUCCCUGUCAAGGCUCUCUGGACCGCCCCCAAAUACCGGGACGUUCAGGCCAGAGUCAUGACCCAGCUCCAGGAGACCAGUCCACCCAAGAAGCCAGAGUGUCAGAACUUCCUGAGAGCUCACUCUGCCAGUGGGCCAGGAGGUCGGACGCAGUCCCGUCCCCGCACAUGCUCGUCCUCUGCUGCGGUGCCCUCCUCUCCCUCCGCCCCAUCCCUCUCCAGCACAGAGUUGCAGAUCAGAGGGCGCAAGGUAGACUUUGUGAGCCAUAAUGCACGAUCAGCGGGGAAGACGGCUCUCAGGCGAUCACAGUCCCUCACGAACCUCAAGUCCCCUAUCAGCGCAGAGAAGGGCAGAGUGCCACAGUACCUGUUGGAGAGGAAAGAACAGUGGAAGAAGGAUGAGGAGGAGAGGAAGAAAAACACUCCUGAUCCCUCCAUUCCAGCCGGACACACACAGAUGCCGGAGAGGGACCGACAGGAGACUCUUCAGUCACUUCAAGAGACUCACAAGACGCUGGUGAAUGUGUUGCUGUCUCUCCCGGUGAAAGCCGACGGCCUGGGUGUACGGUCCCGUCGCACCAAGCUGGACCGACAGCUCUCGGAGCUCGAGGAAGCCAUCAAGGUCUUCUCUCGGGACAAGGUCUACGUCAAAAUCGACUCCUAACGGCCGACUGUCUGUGCUGUAGGGAAUGCUGGAGUUAAAGCGCGCACUGGGCCUGUUGAAACUCCAGUCCGCUUGGCUGAGGGACAGCUUGACACUGAAGGGAUCUGACAGGGCCGGAUUUGCUGCACAGAAGCUGAGCCUCUAGUGCUGAGCUAAAGUUUGGCUUCCAGCAGAGAUAGUUCCCUAUCAGGGUGGUUUAGUGCAUAAAUAGGCUCUGCUUCUGUCCUGUAAACCAGUCCAUUUCAUUUCAUUUUUUUUUAUUGUUGCAUGUUGCAAAUUGUUAACUGACUGAACACAUCGAUGAAGCAUUGAAUCAACCAAACACAUUUCAAUAAUCCGAGGCGGAGUGCCAACAUGGAGAUCCGUCCAACUGCAGUUUCAUUAUUGUCCAUUCAGGUGUAUGCAUGUGUGUGACACUGUAGUUUGAGCCAGACACAGGGAUCUAAUGCAGACAGAUGUAUUCUUUUCAUCUGCUCAUUUCACCUGCAUGAAGCGCAGAAAUGGUUAAAUGCUCUGUCUGUUACCAUUCUUAUAUGUGCUACAGUUCUACAGAUCACGUCACACUUGAGGUAAUGAAUAACUGGUAAUGAAUCCGAGGUAAUUAAUAAUGACUGAGAUGAGAUGUAAUAACUUUUUAAUUAUUAGUGUGUAAUGACCUUGUGAAUGUAGUGUUGGUGUCCACAAAUCGAGCAAAUCCUUGCUUAUCACAUUGAGUAAAACUGACCAAACUGACCUGUUUUAUUGAUGCAUUGCUGAAAUAUAGGGACUGAUUUACCUGAAGAACAUCACCUAAAGGUGAUUCCCAAUCUUAAGCUUGUGAAGAGAUUAUUGUAUAACACAUUGCUACAGUGCCAGCUAGGAGCAUGGUUUUCUACUAGAGUGCCUACUGUAGAGCUAAGCAAAGAACAUCUAUCCCUAACACAAUGCAAUGGUUUUAUUUUUUUGUAUUAUAGCAGCCUCAAGCCAGAACAACUUUGUUGCAGUCUCUGAAUUUGAAAAUAAUAAAUGUUUUAUGUUAUGUAAAGAA